AUGGCGAUGAUGAUGACCGGCCGUGUGCUGCUGGUGUGUGCCCUCUGCGUGCUGUGGUGCGUUGCCGGCGGUGUUUAUGCGAGGGACGUUGACACCAACGCACUGGGUGGCUGCAUGGCGUCGGGAGUGUUGGGUGAGAAUGGAUCCCACAUGCCUGACGGAUGCAAUAAAACUGCGAUUACGGUGCCUUUGCGGUCAGUACUGCCCAUUACUGCCGUCGAAGCCUCAGAUGUAACAGAUAAUGCUGGUGGUAAAAAGAACGAUCCGAAUUCAAGUGGGACUUCCAACGCUGGUGUUAAUGGUAGUGAUCCUGCUGCUGUUACUGGUCGUGGCUCUGGUGGUGUUCCUGGUGGUGAAUCUGAUGCUUCUUCUGGUGCCGGGGCUCCUGCUGCUGCUGGUGGUGGAGGCAGUGGAGGCAGUGGAACUUCAGCUGGCGGUCAUGCCACCGACAGCGUUCCUUCUGAUGCUCCUGGUCCUGCUGCACCUCCUCCCGCUAAUGCUGCUGGUCAUUCGGGUGGUCCUCCUGCUACUGCUCCUGGUGUUAAUUCUUCAGCUGGCAGCAGUGAUGGUACAGCGGGGUCCUCAGUCACUAAUCCAUCUAACACAACGGGAGAAUCUCAAACAGGAGAUCAGUCGUCUGCUGCAGCGGCUAACAACUCCUCGCUACCCGAAGGAACGGAAGGAACGACAUCCGGCACUGGACAAAAAGAAGAGGAAGAAGAAGAAAAUGAAAAGCAGCAGCAAAGUGAUGAAACACAAGUCCAACAACAACAACAGCAUGAACACCCCGCGGAAAGUGGCGAAGAAUCCGCGAAAGAUAAAAACGCCCUUCGUACAAAUGCCACCGCAAAUACAGGCGACAGUGACGGCAGCACCGCGGUCUCCCACACCACCUCCCCUCUUUUGCUUCUUCUUCUUGUUGUUGCGUGUGCGGCUGCUGCUGCGGUGGUGGCCGCGUGA